AUGCUACAAUCAUCACCAUCUCCAACCACGUCUCGGCCGACUUUUCAACUAUCUCCUACUAAUCAAUCGACUCCAUCACACAAUGAUACACAUUCACCCAGACCUACACCGUCCCCGCCCACACCAGUUGACGACGGUUGUAUUAUCAGAACGCAUAUAGAAGACUUGAGAAACGCGUCGCCAAAUGAUAAUAGUAAAGGUGACGGUCACAG